CGGACCUCGCAAGGAAACAGCAUGAGAGCAUCAUCAUCAUCAGCGGCCAGCAACAUGAGGUGGUGGUGGUGGUGGUGCGGUGUGGCGGCGGCGGCGGUGGUGGCGGCGGCGGGGGAGGUGGUGGUGGCGGGGGGCGGUGGUGGGGGGGGCAUGGCCACUCGCCCCCUCCCCCCACGACCCGCGGUGGCUCUCGCGCGGGUGUUGGCUCCGGUGGUGAGACACAGGCUGGAGGAGGAGGAAGAGGGCUUACUGGAGGAGCUUCUGGAGGAGGGCGGCGGAGGCGGAGGCGUGGUUGAGGUCCUGGACGCUGCCGGCAAGAGAGAGUUUGAUGACUACGGCCACAUGCGAUUCGGGAAGAGGGGGACCGGAGGCGACGACUACCAGGACGACUACGGGCACUUGAGGUUCGGUCGUAGUUAUCACAGGCACCUCCCCUCCCCCCCCGCCGCCGCUGCCCCCUCCUCUGGUUCCACUAACAACAACUACAAUUACAACAACUACCACCAUCGUCGUUUGAACAGCUUCCGAGGUCCCAAAGUGUAAUGUUUUUUGGGUUUUCUUUAGUUUCCCCUCCUUCCUAAUUGUCUGCUACCCGUACCCCGUUUUCUUCCGUCACUAACAACUACAACAAUCUUAACUACCACAAUCACUAACUUAACAAUUUGGUCAUCGCUAGAAAGUAAUAACCAUGAUUUUUCUUUAGUGUCCCUUCCUUCAUGUGCGUCUGCUACCCGUGUCCCGUUUUCUUCCAUCACUAACAACUGCAACAAUCUUAACUACAACAAUCACCAACUUAACAAUCUGGGCAUCGCUAAAAUGUCAUAACCAUCGUUUUUCUUAAGUUUACCUUCCUUCCUGAUUGUC